CCUCGAUCUCAUCGAACCCCCUCCUCUUUUACAUACCACUUCACACCAAACAAACCUGCUCUCCUCUCUCCUCUUUCCUCUCUCUAGGCUCUAUCAGAAAAUAUUUGAAUAUUGCGAGGAUGGCGGCAACAGCAGCUUCAAGCUUACAAUUCGCUACAACAAGGCCAACCAUUUCUGCUGCCUCUAGCAAAGUUGUUAAAGCAAUGACCUUCACUGUCGGUGUCAAUCCCGGGAACGCAUCAUGGGAUAAUAAGCUCACUUCCACUCACCACUUAUCCAACCUCGGAUGUUUGAGUUCUGUUCCAACUUGCAAAAAAAACUUUUCCUUUUCCACAAAGGCCAUGUCUGAGUCCAGUGAAAGCAAGGUUUCUUCUUCUGGACUUCCUAUUGAUUUGAGAGGGAAAAGGGCUUUUAUUGCUGGUAUUGCUGAUGAUAAUGGAUAUGGUUGGGCCAUAGCCAAAUCUCUUGCUGCUGCUGGGGCUGAAAUAUUGGUUGGGACAUGGGUUCCUGCGCUUAACAUUUUUGAGACGAGCUUGAGACGUGGAAAAUUCGAUCAGUCACGCGUGUUGCCAGAUGGAUCACUGAUGGAGAUUAAAAAGGUUUAUCCUUUGGAUGCUGUGUUUGACAAUCCUGAAGAUGUGCCUGAAGAUGUAAAAACGAAUAAGCGGUAUGCUGGAUCAUCAAACUGGACUGUACAGGAAGCUGCAGAAUGUGUGAGAAAAGAUUUUGGAAGCAUUGACAUUCUUGUCCACUCACUUGCAAAUGGACCAGAGGUUAGCAAACCUCUUCUGGAGACAUCGAGGAAAGGUUACCUUGCUGCUAUCUCUGCUUCGAGUUACUCCUUUGUUUCCCUCCUCAGGCAUUUUCUGCCAAUUAUGAAUCCAGGAGGUGCUUCUAUUUCUCUUACUUACAUUGCCUCUGAAAGGAUCAUUCCCGGGUACGGUGGAGGUAUGAGCUCUGCCAAAUCCGCACUAGAGAGUGAUACAAGGGUGCUUGCAUUUGAAGCUGGGAGGAAACAAAACAUUAGGGUCAACACUAUCUCGGCAGGUCCUUUGGGAAGCCGAGCAGCAAAGGCAAUUGGGUUCAUAGACACAAUGAUCGAGUAUUCAUACAAUAACGCGCCUAUUCAGAAAACACUGACCGCAGAUGAAGUUGGGAAUGCAGCAGCCUUCUUGGCAUCUCCAUUGGCCUCUGCCAUAACUGGUGCAACCAUUUAUGUGGACAAUGGUUUGAAUUCAAUGGGUGUUGCUCUAGACAGCCCCGUUUUCAAAGACCUCAACCAAUAGGGUCUUGAUCGACUAAUAACAUAAGAUCCCCCCAGCGGCUUUCAUUUUGUUUUUCUUUUUCCUUUUAAGAGAAUAUGUUAUGUUUCUAGUUUAUCACUCUAGCAAAUAUUCUCUGUUUCAAAUUAUAUGAUCUUUUGGUUAAAGACACUUCAGAUUUACACUUUUUACUAAAAAGUAGCAUAGAAAAUAUAAAUUAAAAGUAAUUUAAC